AUGUGGGACUUAUUUGGAUGGUUCAGAGAUAUCUUGUCAUCUUUGGGAUUGUGGAAUAAACACGGAAAGCUUUUGUUUCUAGGAUUGGACAAUGCCGGUAAGACUACGUUGCUGCACAUGCUAAAAAACGACAGAUUGGCUACUUUGCAGCCCACUUGGCAUCCAACCUCCGAGGAACUGGCCAUCGGAAACAUAAAAUUUACCACAUUUGACUUGGGUGGCCAUAUCCAGGCACGUCGUUUGUGGAAGGACUACUUCCCCGAGGUCAACGGGAUUGUGUUCUUGGUUGACGCUGCGGAUCCUGAAAGGCUGAAUGAAGCCCGCGUGGAACUUGAUGCAUUGUUCAACAUUGCUGAACUGCAAGACGUUCCCUUUGUCAUUCUUGGCAACAAAAUCGAUUCUCCAAAUGCUGUAUCCGAGACCGAACUCAGAUCUGCUUUGGGUCUGUUGAACACCACUGGUGGUGCUAGAAUCGAGGGACAAAGACCUGUUGAAGUAUUCAUGUGCUCUGUAGUGAUGAAAAAUGGAUACCUAGAAGCCUUUCAGUGGUUGUCACAGUACAUUUAG